ACAAGAACUGUAAGCAGUCAAAGUUCACUUUCUCCCGCCAAUGGAAGAAAACUCUUCUCUUUCGCCUGAUCGACGUUUCUAGAACCGCAGCCGAUUACGGAUAGAUGCGCUAGCUGAGCAUUCCAGUGAUUCCACUCCUCAAAUUCUUUCUUUCUGUUGAAUAUAGCGUUUGAUUUUUGCGCAGAUUCCUUCUGAUUUUCAGCUGAACAGCUGCUAAAACCCUAGCUGAAAGUUGAUCUGUAUUAGUUCAGGGUUUCUUGUUUUUCCAUCUUCUGCAAGAUGAGUACCAUGAAGUUUUGCCGGGAAUGUAACAACAUUCUCUAUCCGAAGGAGGAUAGGGAUGAGAAGAUUCUUCUCUAUGCGUGUCGCAACUGUGAUCACCAGGAAGUUGCUGACAAUAACUGUGUCUAUAGGAAUGAGAUUCAUCACGCCGUAGGGGAACGCACUCAAGUUCUGCAAGAUGUUGCUGCGGAUCCAACACUCCCUCGCACAAAAGCUGUCCGAUGUGCUCAAUGCAACCAUGGAGAAGCUGUUUUCUUCCAGGCCACUGCCAGAGGGGAGGAAGGUAUGACAUUAUUCUUCGUUUGCUGCAAUCCAAAUUGUGGCCACAGGUGGAGAGAUUGAUGUCAAAUAUGUGCUGAACAUAUGUUUACUUCAUUGACUCUUGGUAUGUCAUCAAGUGUUUUAACAAUCUUAUGCUUAAAGACGUCUUUUUUGGCAUGGGGUGUACAAUUGUACUGAUUGUCAAUGUGGGUUGAUGAGGACCACGAACUUCAACUAAGUCUUAUUUUAUAGAUCUUAAUUUUUAUGAAGAUUUCAUCAUUA